AUGAGCUACCCAGGAUAUCCUCCAAACAACCAGGUGAGUUAUUUUCCUAAUUUUUAAUAGUUUCAAAUUAGUAUCAUUUAAUCGUGAUUUUAAAUAUUCAAUGUAACCACAUUAUAUUAAUCAACAAGUAGUUAUAAUAUAAAACGCGGGAUUGAUAUAUCGAAAUUUUACCUUUAAUUGUUUAAUAAUAUUAACUUUGAUAGUUUGAUCCCUUUUCAAUGUAUGAUAACACUAUAUUAUUUUAAUUCAAAUGAACAAUUAACUUUACAAUUUCACUGCGUGUAAAUAUUUAUUAUAUAUUUGUAAUUUAAUACCUGCCCAAUGAUAGGUUUUUUUUUUUAUGCUGAGUAUAACUGUGAUUCAUUAUGUGAUCAAUUUACUUAACUAUCUAAUCUUUUUUCAAGAAUUUGUUAAAAAAUUUUUUAGUAUUCAUUUAAUUUAACUUUCAAAAAAUUAAUCUACCUUUUAUAAAAUAUGAAACAUUGGUACAUGUUGUAGAUUAUUUAUACAUUUUCAUACUUAAUAUUAUAAUAUUACUUAUUUUCCACUAUUAGAUAGCUUGUUCGCUAACACUGCAGAUUAUCAUAAUUAACAAUAAGUAGAUAUUAUAAUAGCUAUUAUCUACAAUAUUGGUAGUAUAUUGUGUGCAUUAUAACGAUGCAAUUUCGACUUUUUAUUUUUAAAAUUAUGUGUUUUACUCGUGAAAUAAUCUAGGAUGGAAAAUAUGCUCACAUAAAUUUAUACUAUAGGCAUCAUAUUAAAUUAUGUUCGUCUUCAUUAUAAUAGUGUAGUUUCUAGAUAACCUAAUAUUAUACAAUUUAAAUUUUGAGUGGAAUAUAAAUACAUAGUAUUAAUUUUAAAAUGUUACGAAUUGUAUCUAUUAAUGCUGGCCUAUGUUAUAAACUGAUAUAAAAGAAAGAAAUGUAAAAAUAUGGGUAGUACAAGCGCGCAAUUAAUGUAAGAUGUUUUUACAUGAUAAAUUUUUAAUUUACGUUGUUUGCGUUUGGCUUUCGUUUGCAUUUAAUUUUUAAAGCAUAUACUUUCUGUACAAAAUGGAGCAUACAAUAUUAGAUAUAAAUAGAAAUUUCACCAAAUAUAGGUACUUAUUGUGCAUUAUAAUAUGUCCUGGCUAGGUUAGGUUAACGACAGUAUUAAAAUAUGUUUGACUAUUGUCAUAUAUUAUUUUAUAUUAUAAUCUAUAUAUUCACAAGUUAUACAUUGGGUACCUAUUUUUUGUUUUUUUCUAUCUAUUUGUGUCCAAAAACUACAUAAAAUAAUCUGAUAUUACAUUAGUCACAUUAAAAAAAAAUAUAUAUUUUUACUAUAAUUAUAUCUAAUUAUGGUAUAAUAUGUAAGUAUUAGGUAAAUAGGUCAUAAAUAAUAUUCCAAUUAUCUUGGAAUAUAUUUAUUUAAUUUUUUUUAAUAUUUUUAAUGUAGAAAAGUAUUCCAACCCAUUCCAAAAACUUUCACAAAUAUUGUGUGAUUAUAUUUUUUAGGAAAGUAAAUCAUAUUUAAAAUAAAUAUGAAUAUUUAAAUAUUUUUUUUUAGGUAGGUAAUUUAGAUAAUUAAUAAAAAGCAGAUAAACUAUUUGUUAUCUUUUUCUUUUGAUAGGGAUAUUCUGGUCAACCAGGAAUGCAACAGCCUGGCUUUCAACCACCUUAUCCACAAUAUCCAGGUGGUAAUGUAGGUCAAUCAACAGGUUUCCCAAUGCCGAGUGCGUAUCCACCGGGUCAACCUAACUACCCUCAACAAAGUCCGUAUCCCCAAGUAGGUCAAUAUCCUCCUAAACAACCUGGUCAGUUUCCACCUCAGUCUGAUGCAUAUGCUCCAAAUCCGUCCAUAUAUCCUACACCAAAUCCGGUACCUGGACAGUAUCCUCCAUCACAAGCUGCAUCAUAUCCAAAUGUCCAACCGCCAUCCAGUUAUCCACCACAAUCUGCAUACCCAUCACAAUCUGCAUACCCAUCACAAUCUGCAUACCCAUCACAAUCUGCAUACCCAUCACAAUCUGCAUACCCUCCACAAUCUGUAUACCCACCACAAUCUGCAUACCCAAUUCAACAAACGUCUUCAGUUUAUCCAAAUAUGACAACUGGUGGUUAUGGAGGUGGUUCUCAAGUUCCACCACAAGCAGCUUAUCCGCCCAUUAACACUCCUGCCCAUUAUCAACCAUUGAGCAACUCAUCUGCUCAGAAGAAGGUGAGAUUUCAUUAAUUUCUAUUAUGAAUAGGUAUGCACAGAGGUGCAUAUUGUUCAUAUUAUUUGUUUUAUUUGUAUUAUUUUUUUUACUCUUAUUUCAUAUAUAUUUUAUUUAUUUUACCCAUUGUUAUAUUUGUUAUUAUUAGAACUAAAAUUAAUUUCACUGUGUUGUAUUUAAAAAUAUUUUAAUUUUUCACAAUUUUAGUGGGCAUCUUUAUUCUAAUUUCUAUUAAAAUUUAACAAUAUCUAGAGAAUUGUAGCAAAAAAUUACACGGUAUAUUAUGCAAAUAUAUAUAUAAAUAAUUUUUUUACAUAAUUUAGUGUAUUUAUUAUUUAGUAAAUAUUUAUUUCAAAAUCAAAAUAUCUUAUUAUUAUUUUUUUUUUGAACAUACAUAUUUGUAUGUUUUCUUAAUAUGAACAUUUUUGCAGCCUUCCUUGAGAUUUUUGAAUUUAAAUAUAUUUUCUUAGAUGGUUAGUUGUAUCACUUACUUAAUUACUUAAUCACUUUUAAAUACUUACUAUAAUAAUUUAAAUUUAAACUUAUUUUAUAUUUUAUAACUAUUAGGCAAAAAUUAAAAAAAAAAAAUAUUGAUAAACAUAAGCCAUAAAUAUAUGGUACUAAUUUUAUAUAUAAAAAAUAAAACAACAGCAAUAAAACAUUUUAAUCUAAUGAACUUAGCUCAUUAAAUAAAUAACUAUUAUUUUUAUUAACAUAAUAAGUCAAUUUGGUUAAUUCUGAUAACAAUAAUUAUUUAUUCUCUUUUUAUCUUAAUAUUUAUAUAUCAUGCAAAAUUUUUUUAAUUAACAAUGAUGUUGAUAACUUCAAAAGGAAAACUAGUUAUUUUGCCUAUAUAUCCACUCCUUAUAUAAUACAUUUUUGAGCUUUUUCAUAUAAAUAAAACUUAUUUUUUUUUAUAAGGGUUAAAUAUAUUAUUAGAAGAAAAGAGAAAUGGUAUGAAAUAUGCUAUUAAAAAAAAAAAUGUAUGUGUUUUUCAUAUUACAAAAAUAUUUAUUUUCAUUUUAGUCUAAUCCAACACUACGUCCAGCAAAUCCAUUUGAUGCACAACGUGAUGCAGAAAUCUUGCGUAAGGCUAUGAAAGGAUUUGGAACAGAUGAAAAAGCAAUCAUACAGGUCUUGGCUCACAGAGUUAAUUCUCAACGACAGCAAAUUGCUAUUCAAUUUAAGACUAUGUAUGGCAAAGUAAGUGGUUUGAACAAUAUACAUAGUAUUUAUUACAAAAAUGUUGUUAUUGAAUAUAAUUUUUUUACUAAAAUAAUAUUAUGUUUUUUUAAUUAAAUGUUUUAUUAUGUUAAUAAGGAUUUAAUAGACAAUCUAAAAAGUGAAUUAAGUGGAAAGUUCGAGGACUUAAUUGUUGCACUCAUGACACCAACUUUUGAUUUUCUUGCCAAAGAAAUACGCCAUGCUGUUGUUGGUUUAGGAACUAACGAAGAGACAAUAAUUGAAAUUAUAUGCACAGCAACUAACGCUGAGAUCAGGAAUAUAAAAAUGGCAUACCACAAAUGUAGGUUACUUUGUUAUUUUAAAAACAUUUAUUUUUUGUUUCAUAAUUUCAUAUUGUAUUUAGUGUGUGGAAAUGAUUUGGAAAAAGAUCUUAUAGGAGAAACAUCAGGAAGUUUCCGCAGAUUGUUGGUGUCUCUUUGUCAGGUUUAUUAUAUUUUUUUUACAAAUAAUACUAUUUUUUAAUAAUAAAUUUAAUAUAGUUAUUAUUUAUAUAGGGAAGACGUGAUGAAAGCCCUCACAUUGAUGUUGCAUCUGCUCAAGUUGAUGCACAAAAGUUGUUACAAGCAGGUAAAUAGUAAAAUAGUUGCAAAAUACAUACAUUUAAAGUCUUUGUGUAGAAUUUAACUAAUGCAAUUUCAUAGGUGAACUUCAAUUUGGUACUGAUGAAUCUACAUUCAACAUGAUUUUAUGUAGCCGUAGUUACUCUCAAUUGCAACAGGUAUUUUUAGAAUAUCAUCGUCUAAAUGGACGAGAUUUUGAAGAUGUUAUCAAAAGUGAAUUCAGUGGAGACAUUGAAAAUGGACUGCGAGCAAUUGGUAUGAAUUUAUAAAUAUGCUAAUGACAUUUUUUUAUUUUAUUUUAUUAACAUAUAUUGUUUUAUAUUUUUCUAGUGAAAACUGUAAGGGACAAAAGUUCUUUCUUUGCUAAACGUUUACACGACAGUAUGUCUGGAUUUGGCACUAAUGAUAGAGCUUUAAUUCGUAUGGUUGCCACUCGUUGUGAAAUAGAUAUGGUUGAUAUAAAAAAUGCUUAUAUGUCUAUGUAUGGAACAUCUUUGGAAGCUGAUAUUGCUGUAAGAAAUAUAUUUUAUUUUUAUAUCCACAUUAGUUAGGUAUCAGUUAUUACUAAUCAUAUAUUAAUUCCUGAAGUAAUUUACUUUUUUGAAUACUAAUAUAAAAAUAGGCAUGUUACGGGUAUUCAUUUGAUUUCUUAGUUACUAUUGAGUAAUGAGUUCUUUUAAAUAGUAUAUAAAAACCAUCUAUACGAGUUCAAGUACUGCGUGCAAAGGAUAACAACCCGUAGAUCGCAUUAAAAAAAAAAAAAAAACUGUUUCAAAAAAUUUGAAUUGUUAAAAAUGUUGUACUUGAAAUACAUUGUAUUGCCAACCACCAAAAAAUUUAUUAAAUAUCAUAUUUCUAUAAACUAUUUUGAAAUAUUUAUAGUAAGUUACAAGAGUAGUGGGUGAAAAGUAAUUUAACUGUUUCAGUUGAUUUAUGGAUUAAAUUGUUUUUAUUCUCAACUAAAUAUCCUAUUUUGGUUAUAUUAUAGCCUGGAAAUUAUUAUUAUUUAUGGUUUGACAUUUAUCUGUCAACAAUUAUUAUAAAAAAAAUUAAAUUUGUUUAUUGAAAUAUAGUAUAAUAUAUAGAUUGUUUUUAAAUCUAAUUUUAUUAAGAUACUAUUUAUGUUUCAGGAUGACACAUCGGGUGAUUACAAAAAAUGUCUUGUAGCUUUAGUUGUGGGCUAG